CCCCCUCCCCUCACCAGGAUGAGCUCUCUGGCUGAGGCUGACACAGAGCAAACAAGCACAGGAGUGGAAGGAGGAGGCUUAAAAAAUAAAAAUAAAAAAUUAAAAGCAAACAACGGGCAGAAGAAACCAACAACCAAACAGCAGAACUGAUAUCUAGAGGCUACUGAGGAGCAGCAUGGAGCAGCCUGCCGAAGCCCCUCAGGCAGCACCCAGACGAAUCUCCCAGGAGAGACAGAAGCUCACAGGUCUGCCCUUGUACUUCCAAGGUUACCUGUCAGUGCGGCGCUCACAGUGCCAGGAAUUUAGACUGUUUUGGACAGAACUGAGAGGAACCAUGCUCUUCUUUUAUGAUGAUAAGAAGGCACCAAAGUACUCACACAAACUAGAUAUAUCAGCUUUGACCUCAGUAAGCAAUGUUUAUCCAAAUGAAAACGACUCUGCACAGUUCAUCCUGAUGUUGCUGAAUGAAAAACUGGAAGUGAAGGCUGAUAACUGUGAAUAUGGGAAAGAAUGGAAGGGUUUUAUUCUCACCGUAACAAAGUUGUCAGUUCCACUGGAUGAGUCGUUAUCACCUGGACAACUUACAAAAAUACAUGAAGUGCUAGAUAAAGAAAAGAAAAGAAGGAUUAUGCUUAAUGACUGUUCCUGCAUAUCCCAGAAUAAAGAAAGCCUUCCCAGCAAGGACAACAGUUGCACAGCAACUGCUAUGCCAGCGUGCUUCUAUGCAGUAUCUCGGAAAGAAGCAACAGAGAUGUUAGAAAACAACCCACUGUGUGGGAAUUUGAUCCUGCGCCCUGGCAGCGACAGCAAGAACUAUGCAAUCACUGUCCGACACGUGCUGGAUGCUCCAUGCAUAAAGCACUACAGAGUGACGUCCAGAGAAAGAAGUUACAUUAUUGAAUUGGAAAGACAGGUAACAGUUAAAAGCCUUGAGGAUGUCAUCAGUUACUUUGUGAUCCAAACUCAUGGGAACCUGAAGCCUUUCAUCAUGCAGACAUGCAACGAGGCUCUGCAAAUGGACCACAAUUCUGAAAGUAAAACACAAGAAAAGUCCUGAUGAAACAGAGGUACAAAAAGGAGCCACUAUCCAUCCCGUGGGAAACUGGAGAUUCAGCCUUCAAAACAAAUACCCGAAGUGGUCAGCAGCAGGACCAAAAUUCAGUAUUUUAAGCCUCUAAAGCACGCCACGCACUGUAUCUGACUUUUGCCAUACAAGAUGAUUCACUUAUUUAGAAGACAGUUUUGAUGGUGCAGUUAUCACUGCUGUAACUCACGACAGGUUUAACGCUGAACCUAAAUAAGAAUUCCACACAACGGAUAAACACCUGCUCUAGCUAUUGCAUCAGACGACACAUUUAUUAAAAUAAACCUCCAAAAGCUAUCUGGUCAAAACAAAUCACCCUUUAGAUGGACGUUCAGAUUGCUGUCCUGUACUGCAGCAAAGCCUAUUUUCUGUAAUUACAGAACAUGUGACAAUUAACAGGGAUGGACAGACCUUUCAGGUAGAAUUAAGCCCGUUGCAUUUGGUUGAAAUACAGUUCUUUUCUUCAAAUAACUUCUAUACAGACAAAACAUUUCUAAAGGCAGAAGGAAGAUUAUGAAUGUCAGUUUACCCAAGACCCUUGCUUCUAUUUGUUACAAUUUAGAUUUACAUACAAGCCCUGUAUUAUUUCAGGAUGUGAGAUUGUGACAUGGUGUCACAGGUGCCUCUGUAUUUGCUAGAACUGUAGCACGUUCACAAAUUCACCGCAUGUAUUUGGAAAAGGGAGAAUGAAAACACGCUCUUUACGGGGAAAACCAGUGCUCUUUAUUAUGGGGAAACCAGUGUAAAAGGCAUUUGAAUGAGAAAGAUCUUUAAUGCUAAUUUAACAUUUAAUCUUUGUAAAUCAACUGCUCUCGCAAAGAAUAUAUUGAAGGAUUGCUCAAUGUACUUGAGCACAAAGGUAGCUGCUUCCUCAUUGUUACAGGGAGAUGCCUUGUUCAAGAACGCAGCAUCAGUCCUAGACACUCACAAGCUUUCGCUACAAAGACCAAAAGCAGUUCUGAGAUCCAGGUGGUGUCACACAUCUCUGCACUGGCAGCACUACACCAGUACUGACAACAGUGCACAUCUGGAAAGAAAAACUCCCAGCCCACAGCUCGCUUGCCCAGUUUGAGUGAGCCCACUGAACACUUGCUGGAAAUGCUGGCAGAAAGCAGUACUUGAUUGAGAAAUGGGCUGCAAACAAAUCCUCACUGAAUCACCUAACUUCAUGUGAGUGAAUGCAUUUACAUCACAGCUAUCAGCUACUCAGAAAGCUAUUCAUUUCAAAAUGUGAAAAAAUGUUUUAAGAGCCAGUUGACGUGCACACUUCGAUAUGAAGUUCCCUUAGGUAAUAUCUUGUUAAGAAGUUAACUUACUUUCAGAAGAUUUUAAAAGUCUGCUAGAAGUAUCUGGAGAUACUCUUUCUCAGUUUUUCUGUUUCAAAUUGAGAAGAACCCAUCUGUGGAAUGGACACAAAUCCUACAUACACUCAAUAAGAGCAGUAUCAGUCAGUUCUGCUCCAGCCUACACGUGGAAUUUUUAGCAAGGGUCUCACAAAGCUGUAUGCACUGUUAUCUGCAAGAGUCAUUCUGUUAACUUUACCUGAUGUCCCUCAGGUAGCCUUCAAGCAAAAUAGUGAGACUAAUACUAGUUUGCUCUGCUGCAUACCUCAAAAGCAGGAGCACACCAGUGUGUGCACCCACUCAGAAAUUCAUUUCUUUCCCCAGCUCAUAGCUGUGAGAGGUGACAGUGCUUUGUUUUAACCUGACCAUUUAAGUAAGUGAUCCUUAGUAAUAAUCAGCAAUUUUAGUUUAGGCUCUAAUGUUGUCACAGGCAAACAUAUUGCAGCUGUUAUUUAAAGUGCAAACUUACUGUCUUGCUUGCGCCGCCUUUGCGCUCCAAAUGUAAUCUUUUGUCCAGUUUCAAAAAAUAUUAAGUUUUUAUUUAAAGAAAUAGGCUACUUUAAAAUGUACUAUUACUAAUCUAGAAAAUGAGAUCUAUGAACUCUACUGACUGUAAAACUAUAUAUACCUUCACAAAUAUAUUCCACAUGUAAGACUAAAUCCCAAAUAAUUGUGUUGAUUCCAGAUAUUCAGUUCCAUAUAUCUCGUUGUUCAAGUGACCAGCUUAAUAUCCACUGCUUCUGGCUACAACUGUCUGAGAAAGGAAAAACAGGUAAAAUUCCCAUGCAAUAAUGUUCAUUAAAUGUGAAAAUAUCCCUAAAUCUUAAUAAGAGAUGCUCAAGGAUAAAUGGCUAAGUAAUCAACACCCUUUUGCAACAUCUGGAGGAUUCAGAGAUGAGAAUUCUCCAUUUCUGAAGCUUAAAAACAUCACAAGGUUUUUUCUAGUUUGUAGGAUCUGUUUUUAUCCUAACCCCACUUCACUCUCAUCACUAGGGAAUAAUAAAAUAAAGCUACCCUCAACCCCACCCAAACUAUCAGCUUCAUUAUCUCAUGUAUAAAAGAUAAUGUGGUGUUAUGGUGCUUCUGUAACGCACCUCUGCCUCCUGCAAUGUAAAAUUAGUUUUUAAUUAUUUAAGCAUAUUCUUUAUACCAGAUAUCCUACUAACAGAUUGAGAUGAUGCCAAUUCAGUGCACUGCAACUCAGACUCACACUGCGGACAGGUGUACAGCAUAACCAUUCACUAUAAAGAAAUGGUACCAGAAGGAGCAGCCAAGGAUUUGCUUGUGACA